UUAACAACAUAUUGGAUGAACUUUUAUAAAGUUGAACGAGAUUUCUGCCGAUAGAUUUAUGGAAUGUGUAAUAUUUUUUUAUAUGAAUAUAGUGAACUGGUUUAAACUGCAUUAACAUACUUUGAGCAAAGACCAUUUUUUAUUCAUAAAAAUCUAAAUUUGAAUUCUCACUAUGAAAUCCAUGAGGCGCCAAUCGUCCUAUGUUGUGACGGGGACAAAGUCCGCAGAAGUUGACAAGGAGGGGAAUGUAUCGACUACAAUGCAGCAAGGACAUUUCCGGAAGUUAGUUCUCCCUCGCCGAUUUUCUACCCCUGCAAUGGGGUUUAGGGAAGAGGAGGAGUCUAUGGAAUCUCGCCAUCUGAUUGAAGCUGAUCAGUUUGUCACUAAACAGUAUUUAGAAAAGAAGGGGAAAGGAGCACAAGUGGCCACCAGUUUAUUACAACAGAGAGCCAAUGAUGUCAGAAGUAACAGAGUCAACUGGCAGUCCUAUCUACAAGGACAGAUGAUAUCCCAUGAAGAUUUCCAGUUUAUAUCAAAGUUUGACAAUGCUAAUUCAGAAGUCAAGAAUGCCAUCCUUAUGGAUAACCCACAACAGUUUGCCAAGACAAUGUUUAGUCUAAUGAACAGAAUAGCCAAAGACCAAACUUUACAGUAUAUAUUGACCAUGUUAGAUGAUGUUCUUCAGGAUGAUAAAGGCAGGGUAGAAAUAUUCAAAGAAUAUUCAAGGAAGAACAAAGAAUCUGUAUGGGUUCCAUUUCUUCACCUUCUUAAUAGGGAUGACAGAUUUAUUGUAAAUCAGACUAGCAGAAUAAUAGCCAAAAUAGCAUGUUGGGGAAAAGAGCUGAUGGGAUUAGAAGAUCUCAAAUUCUAUCUAAACUGGCUGAAAGAUCAACUCAGACUUCCAGGAAAUGAAUACAUGCAGACAGCAGCAAGGUGUUUACAGAUGAUGUUACGUAUAGAUAAAUAUAGACAGGUCUUUGUUGACGUUGACGGCAUAUCAACAAUUGUGAUGGUUUUAGUGGGAUCUAAAGCCGGAUUUCAAAUACAAUACCAGCUUAUAUUCUGUUUAUGGUGUCUGACCUUUAACCCUUUCUUGGCAGAGAAAAUGAAUAAAUUUCAAGUAAUUCCAACAUUAGCAGACAUAUUAAGUGAAACAGUGAAGGAGAAAGUGUCCAGGAUCAUUCUAGCUACUUACAGAAACUUACUAGAGAAGCCAGAGGAGAAAGAGGUUGUGACUGACCAUGCUUUGUCUAUGGUCCAAUGUAAAGUUAUCAAACAAUUGGAAUUACUGGAUUCAAGAAAGUUUGAUGAUCAGGACAUUGUGGAUGAUAUAGAAUUCCUCUCAGAAAAACUGCAGUCAUCUAUUCAGGAUCUCAGUUCCUUUGAUGAAUACACAACUGAGGUAAAGUCAGGUAGAUUGGAGUGGAGCCCUGUACAUAAAUCUGAUAGAUUCUGGAGAGAAAACUGUAUCAGACUGAACGAGAAAAAUUAUGAAUUAUUAAAAAUUUUAGUGAAGUUAUUAGAAACAAGUAAAGAUCCUUUGAUAUUAUCAGUAGCAGCACAUGAUCUUGGAGAAUAUGUACGACAUUAUCCCAGAGGAAAAAAUGUGAUAGAACAGUUAGGAGGUAAACAGUUAGUUAUGCAGUACCUAUCACAUGAAGAUCCUAACGUCAGAUUUGAGGCUUUGAUAGCUGUACAGAAACUGAUGGUACACAACUGGGAAUAUCUUGGCAGACAGUUAGAAGCAAGCGAUAAACCUAAAGACUCUACACAGCUUGUGUCGGCUAAAGCCUAGUUAAAACAUUCCAUUAUAUAGUUUGUAAAACAAUUGAACAGAUCUUAAUGUGAUGUCAGAGAAUAUAUGACAUAUAUCUAGAGGAUUAUUGUGAUAUUAUGAAAAAUAUGUUGAUAGACUACAUUCCUCUUAUGGCAAAAUGUGAGGAGUCUUUGUUAAAAAAACUUAUAUGAUGUGUGUUUGUUUAAAAUAAUUUAAAAGUUGAAGAGCACUAUAUGAGUAAUACUGUAAAUUUUGAAGUUUUUGCUUGCGUUCAUUUAUGCAAUUUUUAAAAGGUAGACCCAAAUACAUGAUUAACUAUUGCCAAUUUAAGGAAAUAGCUGCAUUAACAUAAUGCUAUUGAAAUUUAAAAUGAAUAGUGUUCAUUCCGUAUAAUUUUUAGCUUUAAUUCCUGUAUUUACAACUUGUUUAAAUGAAGGGGACACUUUCUUAGGGAACUAAAAAGCAUUACUUUUAAUGUAACCAACUUUCAUUUUAAUGGUAGGUUCAUCCUUAUCCUAGAGAAAUACAGAGAAUUCUGACAUAAAGAUAUCUCUUAACACAAUAGCUCCAAUGGAACUGACUUCUAAGAGAUAUUAAUUAUGUGAAUUAGCAGAAUAAAAUUAAGCAAAAAUAUAUUAUCACCAGUGCUGUUAAUUAAUAUGUGUUUUGUCAUAAUCUAUACAUUUUAUAAAUCGUUAUCCCAAGUCAAGUCUAGCUCUGGCAACCUUUCAUCUUGGUAUGUCCCAUCAAAAAAUUCAUGAAUGUUGAAAAAUUAUUAAUAAUCCGUAUUUGUUAGAUAUUAUAUAUGGUUUUAUAAAUAAAUAAUAAAAUUGUUGUGAGUCCAAACAAUCAGAAAGAAACAUUAGUAAGUUAUACUUGCAAAUUGACGAGGUAGAUUAAAAAUUGAUCCAUUUGGACCAGAGAAUUUAAGGGAGAGAAUGUAAAUAUAUAUGUUAAUUAUCUCCCUUGGAUACAUUUGUGAAAGGAAUUUUAUUGACUAAAUUCCUAUGACAUGGCUGGAAUUCCAUAUAUUAUUGUAAAUGUUGUAUUCAAGAGAGAUGAUAGUGAUUGUAUGUAUGCAAUAGUAAAGAGUCUAGUCAAA